AUGUCUUCUGCCGGGCUUCAAGUCGCUCAAGUCUUUCCGCGUGGUCGGGGUCCUCGUCGCCCUGUGCGUGUGGACAUGGGGCUGAUCGUGGGUCUCUUCAGCAAGAGGCAGGCAGACGCUGCCAGGCAUCUGGGGCUCUCGCUCACAGCCUUCAAGAGCGCAUGCCGCAAGCUUGGUGUGGUGAGAUGGCCUUACUCCAGGCAGAGGUUCCACAACCCCCAAGACAAGGAAAUCGCCUUGUGCGAGCCAGCAGACGAUGCUGUCCCAGCGAGCGACCCCACGAGAGACUCAAGUGACGACAUACAACCAGCACAAGAUGCUUGGGGCUGUGCGCCAUGCUGGCAGUGGAGUGAGUUGCUAGAAGAGGCGAUGGAGCAUGUCGAGGGACGAGCGACGAGGUGA